CCCUAAAUCCUUGUCCUCCUAUAAAAACGUCUCCAGCUAGCUCAUUCGAAUUCUCAAGCACACAGACAGAGAUCCCCACCCUCCCCCCCAGUGAGCUUCUCAAACCUCCAUCAAUGGCUGCCUUAACCAAUUUGAUCAAGAAAAGAUCUUCCUCCAUUAAUGGCCUCAUCAAACCCAGAUUGUUCUCUUCCGAACCUAUAGUUGAUCCAUCUUUUGCUCAGAGAAUCAGGAAUCUCCCCAUAGAUCUUCCCGGUACUGGUAUCAAGACAGAAGUCUCCCAACUUAUUGGGAGAACUCCCAUGGUAUAUCUUAACAAAGUAACUGAAGGCUGUGGAGCCUAUAUUGCUGCCAAACAAGAGAUGUUUCAGCCUACUUCCAGCAUCAAAGACAGACCAGCAUUGUCCAUGAUCCUAGAUGCAGAAAAGAAAGGACUAAUUACUCCAGGAAAGACAGUGUUGAUUGAGCCGACAUCAGGGAACAUGGGGAUUAGCAUGGCAUUUAUGGCAGCCAUUAAAGGGUACAAGAUUACUAUGACCAUGCCCUCCUACACUAGCUUGGAAAGAAGGGUUACUAUGAGAUCAUUUGGAGCUGAUCUAGUACUCACUGAUCCAACCAAAGGCAUGGGAGGUACUGUUAAGAAGGCUUACCAACUUUUGGAGUCCACACCAGAUGCUUUCAUGCUCCAACAAUUUAACAAUCCUGCCAAUACACAGGUGCAUUUUGAGACUACUGGUCCUGAGAUAUGGGAAGACACUAACGGAAAAGUCGACAUCUUCGUAAUGGGAAUUGGAAGUGGAGGCACUGUGACUGGUGUUGGAAAGUAUCUCAAAUCACAAAAUCCAAAUGUUAAGAUAUAUGGGAUUGAGCCUGAAGAAAGCCCUAUACUGAAUGGAGGAAAACCAGGCCCUCAUGCCAUAACCGGCAAUGGAGUUGGAUUCAAACCAGAUAUAUUGGACAUGGAUUUGAUGGAAGAAGUUCUUAUGAUUUCUAGUGAAGAUGCAGUGAAUAUGGCAAGGGAGUUGGCGCUGAAGGAGGGGCUGAUGGUGGGGAUUUCAUCAGGGGCUGCUACAGUUGCAGCAAUGAGACUUGCUAGAAGGCCAGAAAACAAAGGCAAACUUAUUGUGACCAUUCACGCGAGUUUUGGGGAGCGGUACUUGUCAUCAGUCUUGUUCGAAGAGCUGAGGAAAGAGGCUGAAAACAUGCAACCAGUUUCGGUCGAUUAGGGCAGAAUAUAAUCAAUAAGCUCUGGUCGCAUAUGUUGUAAUGAUGGUUUGUUGAAACUCUCAUGUUGUGUUGUUACUCCUUAACAUUUUCAUGUGCCGGAGACAUUUAUGGUCUUGUGAUCGAUUUUCGAUUUUGAGAAGCAUUGUUCAAGAAAUUGUGAGCUUGCGAAAAACUUUCUAGGGUUGCAGCUGGUUCCGCAGUUUCUAAUGACAUCAGUCAUGCAAAAAUGUUACCAA